AUGAAUGCCAAAAGAAUUAGACAGGGGUUUACUGUAAAUGGAAACUGCAAUCUCUGCUACGGUCUCAUUGAAUCUACAGAGCAUAUUCUUCGCUAUUGCCCUAAGGCUAGAGAAUUAUGGGAGCACCUUCUUCCUAAUAUGCUUCGAAAUUCUCAGAACCUUUCUUUAACAGGUUGGCUAGACGCCGGAAUUAAUGGGUUCCACGAUAGCAAUCGUAAACAGAAACUGAGUUUCACCUUUGCUGUUUCGGAGAUCAAUUCCGCGUUCAAAAAGAUGGUAGGACCAGCCUCCCAGUUGCCUAACAGAACUUGGAGGUUUAUUAAUUGGUUGAAACCACCAAUGGGGUGGAUCAAAAGUUUCAUGCACAAAACGGGUGUGUGCGCGGCUGAGACGACUGAGGCUUGGGGUUUAAUGAAAGGCAUUCGGUUAGCCAUUCUGUUAGGUAGUAAGAAAACAAUCUUUGAAUGUGAUUCUAGCUCUAUAAUUGAUGCCAUCGGUCCAGGAUUAAGAGUCAAUAAUUUGGUGGACAACAUUCUGCAUGCUUGUAGAUGUGAGCUUAGGAAUGUUGGCGAAUGGAAUUUGGUGCUAACUGCAAGAGAACAGAAUCAGGCUGCAGACUUUCCUGCUAGAUGCGCCCAUUUUCACUCGAACUCUUGCGUCCUAGACGACCCUCCCGAUGACCUCAUGCAGAUUUUAGUGGAUGAUCGAGGUGGUGUUCCUGCUAGUCGUCUCUGUGUAGAGUAA